CUCUUUACAGACAGGGGGCGGUAACACACGGAAACCGUUAGCAAAGGCUAUCAAAGCCUGGCCCAAAAAAAAAAAAAAAAAAAAAAAUCAGCGCUCUCUCCAAGGAAACAAAACAAUAUAGAAUCUGGUUUACGGCGUGUGCCUCAAGACCGGAGCCUCUCUCGGACACUAUAACGCGCUUUCCCGUGGAAUGAGCAUUCCAUGCAGCAUCCUAGGUAUGAAUGACGGGGCCUGGCAGGAGACGAGAGGUGGGAUGCUGCAUGCAAACGGCGCUCCUGAGGGUGGAGGUGUCAGAGUCCUCGCUGGAGUGCCCUUAGCUGCGGUUGCCGGACCUCCAGGCGGCCCGCACUUGCAGGGCAUGGACAGGGGUGGCAAUCCUGCGCCGGGAACACCGCAGCCUCCGUUGAGCGGUCGCUCGCAGGAUGACGCCACAGUGGGCUACUUCUUUCAGAGGCAGCCUGGAGAGCAACUGGGGGGUUGCACACCUAGUAAACAUCGAUGGCCGACUGGGGACCCUAAUGUUGAUCAGGUCCGUGCCGUGGAUGACAUGAACUACGACUUUCAAGCACUCGCUUUGGAGUCCAGAGGGAUGGGUGAGCUUUUGCCUGCCAAAAAGCUCUGGGAUUCUGACGAGCUGGCGAAGGAUGGAAGAAAAGGAAUGCUUCUUGGGGAGGAGUGGCGGGACAACGCAUGGGGGCCAUCGCACCAUUCAGUGUCCCAGCCAAUUAUGGUCCAGCGGCGGCCAGGCCAGGGUUUUCACGGAAACGGCGAUGCCAAUUCGGUGCUCUCGCCCCGCUCCGAGGGCGGAGGCUUGGGUGUUAGCAUGGUGGAGUACGUCCUGAGCUCGUCUCCCGGUGACAAAAUGGACGCUCGUUACAGGAACGGUGGCUAUGGCGGGGGAGAUGCCGACCAGGACGGGAGGGAGAAGAUUGAUGGCCAAGAGAAGGUGUCUCCCUUUGAGGAGGACAAGAGCCCAGAGAUGAAGGUGGGAGACGAGAAUGACCCCGCAAAAGCCAAUGGAAGAAGUUUACUCAACGGCAUGGACAAAGACUUCAACCCAACUCCAGGAAGCCGCCAAGCUUCUCCCACUGAAGCGGUAGAGAGAAUGGGCCCCAACCAGACCGGACUUGAGAUGAUGAGCCAGCACCAUCAUCAUGUCCACCAUGCCCUCCAACAGCACAACCACAUCCACAACAAGGGCCCGGUGGAGGACUUCCAGAACCAGGAGGCCCAGAACAUGGGUGGUAUGGAGCAACAAGCCGGCGUGGAGUCCCUUCAGUUUGACUACGCAGGGAACCAGAUUCAGGUGGACUCCUCCGGAACCCCAAUGGGAUUGUUCGACUACAACUCUCAGCAGCAGUUAUUCCAGAGGUCCAACCCCCUGACUGUUCAGCAGCUUACAGCAGCCCAGCAGCAACAGUAUGCUCUUGCAGCGGCUCAGCAGCAGCAUCUUGCUGGCCUUGCACCUGCAUUUGUGCCAAACCCUUAUAUCAUUAAUGCUGCGCCCCCUGGAACUGAUCCCUACACUGCAGCAGGCUUAGCAGCAGCAGCCACACUUGCAGGGCCGACAGUGGUUCCACCACAAUACUACGGCGUUCCUUGGGGUGUGUACCCAGCCAAUCUGUUCCAACAGCAGGCUGCGUCUUCUGCUAAUCACUCUGCUAAUCAGCAAGCAUCCAAUCAGGGACCAGGGCCAGGUCAACCUCAGGUGAUGCGCACAGGGAACAACCAGCGCCCUCUUACACCCGGUCAAGGCCAACAGAGCCAGCAGGAAUCUUUGGCUGCUGCAAACACUGCAUUGGCGUAUACAGGAAUGCCCGGUUAUCAGGUGUUGGCCCCCGCUGCUUACUAUGACCAGACUGGGGCUUUGGUGAUGGGCCCAGGUGCCCGAACUGGCCUGAGCGGGCCAGUUCGUUUAGUCCAGACACCUCUCCUCAUUAAUCCUGCAGCAGCACAGGCGGCAGCUGCGGUGUCGGCGUCAGGUUCCGGCAACAAUAUGUCAGGCCCCCCAGCCAACGGCUUGUACCGCUCAAUGCCUCAACCCCAACCUCAGCAGCAGCAGCAGCAGGCUCCCCCGCAGAGCAGCGGCAUGCCCUCGAGUUCUUUCUACGGGUCUGGAUCGGUCUCUCUCGCCAACACCUCUCAGAGCAGCUCAUUGUUCUCCCACACCUCUGCUGCACCUCCGCUCCAGACCUCCUCCCUGGGCUUCAGCAGCCCUGGCAACUCGAUCGGCGUGGGCCUGGCCUCUGCUCUCGGAGGUUUUGGAUCCUCAGUAUCCAGCUCUACCAGUAACAGCGUGUCUCGCAGGGACUCCCUGCUGACAAGCUCCGAUCUUUACAAACGCGGAAACAGCAGUUUAACGCCCAUCGGGCAGCCUUUUUACAACAGCCUGGGUUACUCCUCCUCACCCAGCCCGAUUGGGCUCACCUCCGGCCACUCACCACUCACUCCUCCACCUUCACUGGCCUCCUCUCAUGGAUCCUCCACCAGUCUUCACUUAGGAGGCUUGACAAAUGGCAGCGGGCGUUACAUCUCUGCAGCACCUGGAGCCGAAGCAAAGUACCGCAGCACCGGCGGGACGUCCAGUCUAUUUAAUUCCAGCAGCCAGCUUUUCCCUCCGUCUCGCCCUCGCUACAGCCGGUCUGAUGUCAUGCCGUCCGGCCGGAGCCGCCUCCUUGAAGACUUCAGGAACAACCGCUUCCCCAACCUUCAACUUCGAGACCUGCCUGGACACAUGGUGGAGUUUUCUCAAGACCAGCAUGGAUCCAGAUUUAUCCAGCAGAAGUUGGAGAGAGCCAGUCCGGCUGAGAGGCAGAUGGUUUUUGGAGAGAUUUUGCAAGCAGCUUACCAACUUAUGACCGAUGUGUUUGGGAACUAUGUCAUCCAGAAGUUCUUUGAGUUUGGAAGUGCAGACCAGAAGCUGGCUUUGGCGACUCGUAUCCGAGGUCACGUCCUCCCUUUGGCUCUACAGAUGUACGGCUGCAGGGUAAUUCAGAAAGCCUUGGAGUCCAUUUCUUCAGACCAGCAGGUAAUUAGUGACAUUGUUCGUGAGCUGGAUGGCCAUGUUUUAAAAUGCGUGAAGGACCAGAACGGGAACCAUGUAGUGCAGAAGUGCAUCGAGUGUGUCCAACCUCAAGCCCUGCAAUUCAUUAUAGAUGCCUUCCAAGGCCAGGUGUUUGUCCUCUCCACGCACCCUUACGGCUGCAGAGUCAUCCAAAGGAUUUUGGAGCACUGCACCCAGGAGCAGACUUUGCCAAUACUGGAAGAGCUGCAUCAGCACUCUGAGCAACUGGGUCAGAAAUAUCAAGGCGUAUCAUUGGAGAUGACACCCAAAACAUAUUAUACAGUGUCCCGUGAUGCACUGUUCAAGGAUCAGUAUGGUAACUACGUCAUACAGCAUGUUUUGGAGCACGGGAGACCUGAAGACAAAAGCAAGAUAGUCGCGGAAGUCCGUGGGAAGGUUCUCCUCCUGAGCCAACACAAAUUUGCAAGUAAUGUCGUUGAGAAGUGUGUGAUUCACUCCUCGCGUGCCGAGAGAGCCCUGCUGAUCGACGAGGUGUGCUGCCAGAAGGACGGCCCCCACAGUGCCCUGUACACCAUGAUGAAGGACCAGUACGCCAACUACGUUGUACAAAGAAUGAUAGACAUGGCCGAACCUGCUCAGCGCAAAAUCAUCAUGCACAAGAUCCGGCCUCACAUCGCCACACUGCGAAAGUACACGUAUGGCAAACACAUCCUGGCCAAGCUGGAGAAAUUCUACAUGAAGAGCGGAUCCGAGCUGGGACCCAUCGGCGGCCCUACGAAUGGUCUCAUGUAGUCCCGCGGAACGUCACGGAGCCACAAGACAACAGACGCAGGUUCCGUUAACCUCUGCACCUCAACUAUGAGGGGAAUUACCAAAAGGAAAAAAAAAAGUCAAUUUCACCCUAAAAUGCUGUGACAGACUCCCUCCACGGCGCCCCCUUAUUCUCUCGGGUAAAGCACAAGGCCAUUGUUAAUUAUGUAAUUGAUGUAUUUGUACAUUUAAUUUUUUUUUUACCUUGUAAAUUCUUUGUAGAGGGGACAAAAACAACACAUUUGCUGAAACUUCUUACAAUUCACACCAGCAAGUGACUUAUUAAAAGCUAAAACUGAGUGACUAAAUUCCAUUAAGCUUUGUUAACCGGGCUCGUCUAAGUUGAGGUUAUUUGAUAUUCCUCCAUGAUCCCACGUCUGGUUGGAAUAAGAGUAUCCCAAUGGGGGGGGGCUUUCACUAAGUCAUGUUUUUAAAUAGAUUGCCUUGGUUUUUGGUCAUUCAGUUCAAUUUUGGUACCUAAAUAUUUCCAUUAUACAUGCGAUUAACUGGUACUAAUGACAAGAGAAUUUAAGGCGUUCUAGCAGAGGUUUUUUUUUAUUUUUUAAAUGCGAUAGUCGGGGCUUGACGGCGUGCUGUGGCAGGUUGCCUCUUAAUCAUUGUUACAUAAUACAAAAUGAACACUGCCCCAGAGCUAUCUGUACAUGGUAAAUAAUCAUCUUUGGCUUAUUAGUAGUUUAGUGUAGCAUCUUUUGUGUCAAUUGUCGCUUCCACCCCACCAACGCCGCCAUAUAAUAGUCACAAUUGUAAAGGGGAGUUUAUCCCAGCGUUGUACAUGAGAUAAAUAGACGGACUCGGAAGGGAAGGGAAGUCCAUUUUUUUAAUGUUCCUGUGUUUGUAUUUCUAAACCUAAUUUGGGUUGGGGGAGGGGGUAUGCAUUGAUUGGAGGCCGGUGGGGCCAUCUUAAAGCUAUACAACUGUCCUGUAAUUGUAGUGAUGGCUUAUUUGCUUCAUAUGAAUUGUAGAAUAUUUGUAGUAUAUGUGCAGUUGGUAAUUGUAAGAUUAUUCUUAUCAUCAUCAUUAUUAUUAUUAUUAUUAUUAGUUAAACUGAGAGAAAAAAAAAAAGUCUCCUUGUGGUGUUUGACAGGCCUUGCAAACUUGUAGUGAUGCUUUUAUUCCCUCUGUACAGUUGUACAUUUGUAAACGUUGAUGCUGUAAAUGGGAUGUCUUUUACAUUUUAGUGGGGAGAAAAAGGCUAAAAGUGUGCAUUUUUUGACGUGUGUGUGUAUAUUCAUCACUCCUUUCCCCCCCUGUUUUGAAUAUAAUGUAUACAGUUUUAUUUGAGCAAUUAUUUUGAUGGAGGAAAAAAAAACAAGUCCUUUUUAAAGCUUCACAAUCUGGCAUGUAUUGUUUUUAAUCUCUUACAGAAAAGAAAAAAAAAAGGCCAGCCUCUAUUUGUACUGGAGCUGCUGUAACAUCCACUGUUGAUAGUCUUUCUGAUGUGACACUUUUAAAAAUGGAUUUACAAACAAAACAAAAAAAAGAAUUCGGAGGCUGCCUUUUAUUAGUCUUCUGCUAACUUCACAGGAUACGACGAGAAAUAUUUUUGUACAGAAACAGUGCUGUAUUUUUGGCGCAGCGACUACCUUGUAAGCAAAAAAAACACACAAAAAAAAACCACAUUGUAAAAUAUUGUCAAUUAUAUAAAUAUGAACAUAUGAGUUUUGUCACACUGUCAAAGUCAUGUACAUUUUCGGGUGGCCUUAUGUACAUUUCCAGAUGUUAGAUGAAGAAAACCAACUCAAUUUUUUUUUGGAGGCAGAAUUGUGACUAUGUAUGAUUAAACUGUUCUAACAUUU